AUCCGAGAAGAGUACAUGUUACAAACAAUUAUUCAGAAGCUUAAUUAAUUUCAUUCCAGCAAGAAUAAAAGGUUGGGUCAAUAACGAUUACGGUCAUCCCAUGGGAACCAAGGUUCUAAAGUCAGUCACCGAUACUUGUUUUUAUGCGCAUACUUUCUACAUGACCAUACUAUAUUUAUAUGAUCCCAAUAAGAAAACAUAACAACAUAGCAUAAUACCAAUGGCCUCUUCACUAAACUUCUUCACUUUUCUCAUCUUGUUCUUCCAUUUUCAACAUUCAUCAUCAUUCUCCCUCUCAGUGGAAAAACCCGAACAAGACAUUAUAAUGUCACCCAAAGGUACAUUUACCGCAGGCUUUUAUUCCGUCGGUGAAAAUGCUUAUUCCUUUGCCAUAUGGUUCACUCAAAUACACAAAAAUCUAAACAACGCUACUGUUGUUUGGAUGGCAAAUCGUGACCAACCAGUUAACGGAAAACGCUCAACACUUUCCCUUCUCAAAACCGGCAACCUCGUCUUAACCGAUGCAGGACAUUCCAAUGUAUGGUCCACAAAUACUAACUCAUCCAAACCACUUGAGUUGUUUUUAUACGACAUAGGAAACCUUGUUCUCCGAGAACGCAAAACAAAUGGUUUCAUUUUGUGGCGAAGCUUUGAUUUUCCAACAGAUACCCUCCUUCCUGAUCAAAGUUUCACAAGGUACAUGAAACUUGUUUCCUCGAAAAGUGACAACGUAUAUUCAUCAGGGUUCUAUAAGCUUCUUUUCAACAAUGAUAAUCUUUUAAGUCUUCUCUAUGAUGGCCCUCAAGUUUCUAGUAUUUACUGGCCAGAUCCUUGGCUCCACAGUUGGGAAGCUAGGAGAUCAUCGUAUAACAAUAGCAGGGUUGCAAAACUAGAUGUUUUGGGGAACUUUAUUUCUUCCGAUGUCGAAAACAUGGACAAGAGAAGUGGUCGAUUUCAGGGCAAUUCCACCAACAACCUUUCAAAAUACAUGGAAUUUGUGGACCUAAUAGUGUUUGCAUUAAUAAUCCAAGAACUGGUAGAAAGUGUUUGUGUGUUCCCGGUUAUAGCAGGAUCGAUAAUCAAAAUUGGUCUCAGGGGUGCAAACCAAACUUCCAACUUUCAUGCAAUAACAAAACAAAGUUAG